CUUCCUCCUCUUCACUUCUCUCUCUCUCUCUCUCCUCCUCCUCCUCCUCUUCGUGCAAUCUACCAUUUAUCUUAUCAUCUCCAUCUCCAUCUCCAUCUUCAACUCUUCAUCAAGCCCAACAUCAUCAUUUCCUCUAAGCUUGGGCUUUAUUUGAAUAUUGUUUACGUAUACAUCAACAACAGUUUUGAAGGGGAAAAAAAAAAAUUUGGGGAAUAGUAAAAUGCUUAAAGUAGCUAGAAGAGGAGGAGGAGGAGGAGGAGGAGCUUCUCCUUGUAACACCUCAUCAACCUCUCUCUGAAAAAAGGCAAAGGAACCAACCAAACCAAUUGUUCACAAACCUGUGGUGUUUGUGUUUCCUCCUCUAUUGUGUCAUAUUUGUCUUAGAACAGGGCUAGCUCUUGGAUUGGGAUUGUAGUUUCACCAUGGCAACCAAAAUCAAAGGUCUCUAUAAAGGAUUCAAGUACAUCUCCCAAAUCUUUGUUGUGAAGGAGCGUGAGAUGGAAAUUGGGUACCCAACAGAUGUUAAACACGUGGCACAUAUUGGGUGGGAUGGCCCUUCUGGUAGUGCACCAAGCUGGAUGAAUGAGUUCAGGACUGCAUCCGAUUUCGCGGUAACAUCUAUUGGCAACCUCAAUGAAACAAAAGGUUCCAGUUCUGCAAUGUCCACAUGGUCAUCUCAAGACUUUGAAUCAAUGUACCGGCAACCAGCAGCUGACAUGUUCAAAGAUGUUCCAGUACCCCCCACAGACCUUCCCAACAUUCCAAAAAAAUCAAAGCGGAAGAAGAUCAAAUCAACUUCCUCCCCUAAAUCGUCCUCAUCAAGAUCAUCACGAGCAGCAAAAUCAAAGGCUAAAAUAGUCGAGGACAAUGCCAGAACUACAGAAGUGAUGUAAAAUUAUUAACUUGCUGCCACGAAUGGACAACUUUUCAACGCAUGUAUCAAAGAUUCUGAAGUUCAGUUCCCUUUCUGUACUCGAGAUAUUCAAUGACACAAUGGCUUCAAAGAAAGUGAAGCCAGUUGAAAGGAAAUAUUUUUGUGUAUAUUUAGAAGAAGAUUGUAUUUGUUAUGUGAGAUUAACUUAAACACACAAAUAUUAGCGGAACUUAAGUGAGGAAUCAGAGAGGCGAGACAAAAAGAUGUAUGAGAUGUUCAACGGUGAUAAUGAUUAGGGAUGAUGCAAUUUUUUUGGGAUUUACAACAAAGGAAUAAAGAUUGUAGAGAGUUGGAUUAUGUAGUUGUGCUGAUUGAAAAUUUAGCUAAUUUUCAAACGAUUUGGACCUGAACA